AUGACUGAUGAGACAAUGCUGACUCCAUCUCGUCGACCUCGUCGUCGUACUACUCUGAAUGUGGAUUAUAGAGAGAAAAAGGAGACAGAUAUUCCUCUGGUCCGUUCAGGCUCUAAGAAUAACAGCCACGCAUUUGAUAACCAUAACCAUAAUCAUCACCAUACACCUACUCAAUCUCGCUCUUAUUCACCCGAGUAUAUUUCGGUUGAUGAGGUUGUGCCGUAUAACUGGCAACCUUCUCUCACUGCAGACACGAAGUUUAACUAUAUCCCCAACAUGAAAGGUGCUCUUGUCCAUGAAAAUACUCUCACUCUCAAAGAUGGAACUGUCGUCAAUAAAGGAGAUUGUAUUUAUAUGAUUUGUGAGCCUCCUACAGAGCCUUUUUAUGUGGCUACAGUUACAGGCUUCGUGAAUAAGGGAGAGGAUGGCAAUGCUCAUGGCUCUAAAAUUGCCAAAGUGACUAGCAAGGGUAAUCAAGUGACUGGUUUGAGUUCUGGUUCAAGUUCUGGUUCAAGUUCUGGUUCAAGUUCUGGUUCAAGUUCUGGUUUGAGUUCUGGUUCAAGUUCUGGUUCAAGUUCUGGUUCCAGUUCGGGUUCCGCCAAAAACUUUAUGUUUGAGGUUCUGUGGUUCUAUCGACCCCGUGACAUUGGAAGACACUCUACGGACUCUAGAUUAUUGUACGCAACGGUGCAUAAGGAUCUGUGUCCGAUCCAGAGUUUCCGAGGGUUUGUUACAGUGAAGCACGUGAGUGAAAUUGAUGAUUUGGAUAGUUACAAGCAGCAACACAAUCAUUUCUAUUUUGAUAAACUUUAUGAUAGAUACAUGAUGAAGACCUAUGAAGUGUUUCCUACUAAGAAAAUGACCAAUCUUCCUCCUAGUUACUACAAAGCUCUUAAUAAACGAUUUGCAUUUGUAUUCCUGGAAACUGGUCAUGGUGAAGAUUUUCUAGCUGAGCCACAGAACUGUGACAAGUGCCAUCAGUGGUGUCCCGUAUCAGACUCUAUUCAGUGCUUUCAGUGUGGUAAGUCGUACCAUUUAGUGUGCCUGGACCCACCUAUAUUGACAAAGCCGAAACGAGGAUUUGCAUGGUAUUGCGCUUCCUGUAUGAAGGAAAUGGAGGAAGAAUUGGAUGCCAAAAGAGGUAACCUUCUUGAAAGUUCUCUUCCUUCUCAGAUUGUGGCUAAUAUCGAGAAGGAGAAACAGGAAGCUGAAGCAAAGACUGAAGCGGAAGAGGAGGAAGAAAAUCCAUUAAAAGAAACUGGAUCUUUAAAGAAACUUCACCAUUUGGCAUCUCCAAAAUACGAACAAAUAGCUAUACAAUUUUUGGAGAAGGACAAAAACCUAAGUUUCGAGCAACGCAGGCGUCUUGAGGAAUGGCCUUGGAGAUAUCUUGGAGUUCACGUUCGUUUAGAAGAUGCCAUGGAUGUUCAAGAUCGGCCUUAUCCUCGUGCAUCAUCACGUCUUGGUUCCAAGUAUCAAUGCACAGACAUUCCUGACUGGUAUGAGCAAGUGGUGAAAUACUAUGACUCUAGUGAAGCCCAAAGUCUGAAAAAUAAGCGUAAGAACACCAAAAAUGGUGUUCGCAGAGGAAAGUCAUCUUUGUCAUCGUCUUCUUCGACAUCAUUAUCAUCUGCCAUUACCGGCACGGCCAGAUUUUUUGAAGAAGAUUCUCUUGCACAGAGAAAGAUGCCUAUUCCAUCAAAAUAUGAACAUGUCGACCCUAAAGAGUUUCCUGGAUGGUUACAACCGAGACCAAAAGGAUAUUUUGAGAGGGGUGGAGAGGAAACAGCUACAUUAAUGUGGAAAAUGCCUCAAGAAGAUGAUCAAGUUGAUAAAUACAUCAAGGAAUGUGAACCCAUAGCGAAAUCGUUGGGCUUGUUACCGAAUACUCCCAAUUUUGUCGACUCCCUUCUCAAAAUAUAUAUGGAUCAUAGAUACGAUAAGGAACUGUCCAUUCCAGAAGUGAAGAAACUGACCAGAAAAACGUUGAAAGAGCCCGACUUUAGCGAGGAGGAAAUUAAGCGGUUUGAAGACUCGGUGAAAGUUCAUGGCGAUGAGUUGUAUCCGGUGUAUAGAGAUGUGGGUACUCAGAGCUCUGCGAUGGUGGUGAGGUUUUAUUAUCUUUGGAAAAAGAGGAAGAAUGGUCAUCUUAUAUGGGACAACUUCCCCUAUAGACCAAAGAACCGGUUAAAGUAUAUCAAGAAUACAGAGCUUGAUCUUGACGAUGCUGAGGAUGACGCAGCUUACAGUACGUCAAAAAUUAUGAAAAAAGAGGUACGGUUUGAAUGCCUUUUCUGCCACACAACUCAUUCUGUUGAGUGGUUCCGUGCACCUGGUGCCAAUUUACCCAAAUCCAACAAAGAGCUUUGCAGAGGCUUAUGCUACAGAUGCUGCAGACUAUGGAGAAGGUAUGCUUUGGAAUGGGAUAGUCCUGACGAGUUGAUGAAGAAGAAAGCUCAGAGAGGCAACGGAUGGUGGAGAAAGCAAGAGGAAGAACUUGUAGCAGAUUGUAAUAAGAUUGUGGCGGCGCGUGAAGGCUACGACAAAAGGCCACGAAAGGCAAGCGCUAAUAACAUUCUACAAUUAGAAGGGUUGAAGGAAGUGACAAUUGAUAGAAAGCAACCAAGGAAGCGGUCUUCGGCGACUGGUAUGAAACGAGCAUCAUUUUCUCUGUCCCUGUCUUUGUCGUCGGGGCCCUCGGUACAGUCGUCUAUCUCAAGCAGUGGGGCUACCAAAAAGCGCAGGAUUGGUGGAGCGAAGAGAGAAGCUUCUGAUACUAUAGCCAGUGCAGGAGAGACGUUUGAGGUAACUCUUCCCUGUGCCGAUAAGAGAAAUAAGAAGAAGCGUAAGGCCAAAGAAGAGCCGACUGGAGGAAGUGUUGGCCGCAGACCCAGAAAGAAACGGGCUCGUAGUCCAUCUGAGGACAGUUUAUUCAGGCAGAUGAGCUCACGGUACGACUCGAAGUAUGAAAUAUUCAAUCCAUUCAUGAACAGACGCGUGGAGGACAUGCCAUUACCUCAAACACGCAGUGCUAUGAGAGAUAUCAGUACGCUUUGGAGAUUAUACGAGAACUCUAAGCACAGGACACGACCAUCGUCUGCCGAUGCCAAGCAAAAAAGACCGUUGUUUGAAGCGAUAUCCAGACCCUGUUGUGUUUGCAGAGAAUUUGGGUCGCUGGAUGAGAUGAUUAUCUGCUCGAACUGUGGCAUGAAUGUUCAUGCCAGCUGUUAUGGUAUUGAUCUUGGCCACGUAAAACUUGAGAGACCUGCAUAUCUGUACAAAUGGCACUGUGAUCCAUGCUCUAACGAUAUCCAUCCUCUUGUUUCGACGCAAUACGUGUGUUGUCUAUGUAAUGCACGUGAAAGUGAUCAUGAUGGGGCUCUGCGAGGCGAUCUCAUGUCUGUUCCGGAUGCUUUGAAACGUACAUGUAGUGGCAAAUGGUGUCAUGUUGGAUGCGCGGUCUUCACCGAGGGAGUGACAUUCGGUGAGUCGGAAAGCCUUCAACCCGUAUAUGGCACAGAAGUAGUGAACUUCGCCAACUUACCACACAUAUGCCGUAUUUGUGGAGGUAAUAGCGGAGGAUUGGUGAAUUGUAGAGCAUGUGGACGAUCUGUACAUGUGACAUGUUGUCAAGACACACCGGGAUUCUUUUUAGGGUUUAUCAUUGAAGAAAGGACGGAGUUAAAUUCAGGAGAAUUGUGUGUUUCUGUCGAUCUUGACGUUGGAACUGUUGUUGGAGUGCCUGUUCCAACUGUGAUCUGUUCACACCAUUUUAAUGGGAGUGAUAGGACAAAUUUUCGAGGAAUCAGGCUAUUCAAGAUGAGAGCCAUGGUGAGAGUUUCUGGGAAAAGAGAGAAAAUACCGUUGAUCAGGGCAUACUGUAGGGAAAUGAAGCAGACAAAGAAUCCACUUAGUGGAGGAGAGCUUAAUCGUUUAGUUUAUGCCACGAUUGAGAAGGUGGUAGGAGAGAAAAGUCCCGUGGAAACACAACAAUUGAGGGAUCUCCCUACACCAGAAUGCGUCUAUUGUCAUAAUAAUCAUACUCUUCAAUGGCAUGAAGAUGGUGAAGAUAGGAUCUGCCAUCAGUGCUAUGUGAGGAAACAGAAUAAUACGGAGUUGAGCGACGAGAUCCCGGACCUUUCUCAGGUAAACAAUCAGCAGUUGGAUGGGACCAAGUUUGGCGUGCCAAGAUUGAACGAUCGCAUUUCAACCAACCGUAAUGGUUCUACAAAGAUCUCCAUUAAGGAUAUUCUCUGGUGA